AGAUAAGUUGUCAAGAACACACACACACACACACACAACAACCUCGUCUUCUCUCAAUCAAUUCCUUCAAAAAUGGAGAAAUUUGUUACUCUAAACUCUUCAAAUUUAAGCUCUCAAUCUAUUUUACCAAUUGGGUUUUCUUCACCAUGUUUGAAAUCUUCAGUUUUUGGUCAACGGAGAAGGGUCAAUGUUACAAGGGCUUCAAUUGCUGUAGAGCAGCAAAGUCAAACUAAGGUUGCUGUCAUUAGAGUUGGUACAAGAGGAAGCCCUUUAGCUCUUGCCCAAGCUUAUGAGACUCGAGAAAAGCUAAUAGCCUCAUAUCCUGACCUGGCUGAAGAGGGAGCCAUUCAAAUAGUGAUAAUAAAAACCACAGGUGAUAAGAUAUUAAGUCAGCCUCUUGCAGACAUUGGCGGAAAAGGGUUGUUCACUAAAGAAAUAGAUGAAGCCCUUAUCAAUGGCGAUAUUGAUAUUGCUGUCCACUCAAUGAAAGAUGUGCCUACAUAUUUGCCAGAGAAGACAAUUUUACCAUGCAACCUUACACGCGAAGAUGUGAGGGAUGCUUUCAUUUCUUUAACUGCAGCUUCCCUCGCCAAUCUUCCAUCAGGAAGCACAAUUGGCACUGCUUCACUGAGGAGAAAGUCCCAGAUUCUCCACCGCUAUCCCUCACUCAAUGUGCUGGAGAAUUUCAGAGGGAAUGUUCAGACAAGGUUAAAGAAACUGAAUGAGGGAGUAGUUCAAGCUACAUUAUUGGCGCUGGCAGGGCUUAAGCGUCUGAAUAUGACAGAAAAUGUAUCUUCCAUCCUUCCUAUAGAGGAUAUGCUACCAGCUGUUGCUCAAGGAGCCAUUGGUAUUGCCUGCAGAACUGAUGACGAGACAAUGGCCAACUACAUAGCAUCACUGAAUCAUGAGGAAACAAGAUUAGCAGUCGCUUGCGAGAGAGCAUUUUUGACGACCUUGGAUGGGUCUUGUCGCACCCCAAUUGCUGGAUAUGCCUGUCGAGGGGAAGAUGGAGAUUGUAUUUUCAAAGGAUUGGUUGCCUCUCCAGAUGGAGCUCGAGUUAUUGAAACCUCUAGAAAAGGCCCAUAUACAUUUGAAGACAUGAUACGGAUGGGUGAAGAUGCUGGCAAGGAACUACUCGCAGAAGCAGGUCCAGGAUUUUUUGGCAACUGAGUAAAGCCUAUGCUAUUAUCACCAAGUAAAGCUUAUGCUAUGGAUCAACCUUUGCCUACCGAGUAUAGAGAUGUCAAAUAGCAGGGAGAGGGAUUGGAAUUUGAUAUUUCACCCUCUAGGAUAUGAUUAUGAGUUCACUUAUCCUUGUAACUGUAACGGCAAUAGAAUUCGAAUACUUUGUAUAUUAGGAUAGCAUUUGAAUUCUUUGUAUAUUAGUGUAGCAUUUCCACAUCAAUUUGAAGUGUUCAGCGGGUUGUUAUUCUUCAAUGUCUCCAAAGAACGGUGAUCAAUGGUUGCAGAUUUGUAUGAAAGGUUGUACUGACAGAUUCUGCUUAACAUGGAUUUUUAAUCA